GAACUGCAUAGACCUAAUCUAUUGUUGGGCUUAAUUAUUCGUCAGAAACUGAAGCGACAGCACAGUGCCUCUGCUAGUACUAGUCAUAUAGCUGAGACUCCUGAAAGUACACCGAUAGCAUUGCCACCUGAUAAAAAAAGUAAAAUAGAAGUUUCAACAGAAGCAGCACCAGAGGAAGAAAAUGACUUUUUUAAUUCUUUUACAACUGUAUUACACAAGCAGAGAAAUAAACCUCAGCAGAAUCUUCAGGAAGACCUUCCAGCAGCAGUUGAACCUUUAAUGGAAGUCACCAAACAGGAGCCACCAAAACCUUUAAGAUUUCUCCCUGGCGUAUUAAUUGGCUGGGAGAAUCAACCUACUACUCUGGAAUUAGCAAAUAAACCUCUUCCUGUGGAUGAUAUACUUCAAAGCCUUUUGGGCACCACUGGUCAAGUAUAUGAUCAGGCUCAGUCAGUGAUAGAACAAAACACUCUUAAAGAAAUUCCAUUUUUAAAUGAGCAAGCCAACUCAAAAAUAGAGAAAACAGAUAAAGUGGAAGUAACUGAUGGUGAAAACAAGGAGAUAAAAGUUAAAGAAGAUAAUCUUUCAGAAUCUACAGAUAAUUCAGUAGUAAUGGGAGAAGAAACAUCAGUAGUAGGAUCCCCUUCCAUUUCUACAGGGCCUUUGACGAGUCUUAGUCUCAGAGGUAAACCACCAGAUGUUUCUACAGAAGCAUUUUUAACAAAUUUAUCAAUUCAGUCAAAACAAGAGGAAACGGUGGAGAGUAAAGAGAAAACAUUAAAAAGACAGCUUCAGCAAGAUCAAGAGAAUAAUUUGCAAGAUAACCAGACUUCAAAUAGUUCUCCAUGCAGAUCCAGUGUAGGAAAAGGAAACACAGAUGGUAAUGCGAGUUGUAGUGAAAACCUUGUUGCUAAUACAACAAGGUCUCCACAGUUUAUCAACCUGAAAAGGGAUCCUAGGCAGGCAGCUGGACGAAGUCAGCCCGUAACUGCUUCAGAAAGCAAAGAUGGAGAUAGUUGCCGGAAUGGAGAAAAACACAUCCUGCCUGGCCUAUCACACAACAAGGAGCACUUAACAGAACAAAUCAAUAUAGAGGAAAAGUUGGGUUCUGUAGAGAAAAACUCAUGUGUUCAGCAGAGUGAUAAUUUAAAAGUUGCACAAAACUCACCAACAGUAGAAAACAUACAGACUUCUCAGGCAGAACAAGCAAAACCCUUACAGGAAGAUGUUUUAAUGCAAAAUAUUGAAACUGUGCACCCAUUUAGAAGAGGAUCAGCAGCAGUGACAUCUCAUUUUGAAGUUGGAAACACAUGUCCAUCAGAAUUUCCUUCUAAAAGCAUCACCUUUACUUCCAGAAGCACCAGCCCCAGAACAAGUACAAACUUUUCACCCAUGAGGCCACAGCAGCCCAACCUUCAACAUCUCAAGUCUAGCCCAUCUGGA